AUCAUUUAUAAUCAGUUUAAGACCGGCAUUCGGCCAGCGAUAUAGUAAAAUUUCUUCGGUUAUACUACGUGCAAUCGAAGUCAAAAAAAAAAAAAAAAACAGAAAAAUAUUUGCGCAAAAUUAGAGUGUUAAUUGUUUGCUAGGAAAUAUUUGAUCAAUACAUAAAUAGUAAGCUAAAUCAGAGUGUUAGUUACUGAGAUUUCUGCGGUUUAAGUGUACUUAAUAAUUAAGUUGAAUAUGACUGCAAAGGGUUUACAAUUUUCUGUGUGGACAUUUAUGGUGCUCGGCUUGUUGGUGUUGAGUAUACCCCUUGAGAUCGAGAGUCGUCGUGUAAUAUUCUACGCGCCACGGACUAUACAAAUUUUCACAUCACAAAUUUUAUCGGCGCGAGCGAAGGAAAAGCCCUGCACAAAGUGUCAUAUGCGCGAUCAUCGCGGGAUUUGUCGACGAGUUUUGUCGUUUAACAGUAAUGGUGUUAAAUGUUGAAUUAUUGCUGCAGUAAAAUUGCUGCGUCAACAGAAUCUCCACCGGUUGUAUUUGGCGUGACAGAGUGCCAGUGAAACCGGGUUCGCCAGUGUAAUCACAAUAAGAACCAUGAAAAAUUUAGAUAUUAUUUUAAGUAUUUAUUUAAUUAUCAUAACUUUAAAGGAUUAUGAAAUAAGCAAGCUUGGCUUGAAAUUUUAUGUAAUUUAAGUAGUUAAAGAAAUUCCAAAAAAUUGU